AUGGGCCCAAUGGACAUUAUCUAUGGCUGCAUUUCUAUAGUAAAAUCGAUUUUGGGAGCCUUAUUUUACAUUCUCGUAUCUCCACUUACGAUAACUCAGAAUGCUAGCACGCGAGCGGCACCGCAGAAUCCGAGAGCGACCGCUGAGAAAUUCAAGAGGGAAUUUGAAGAGAAACAUGGACAGAGACAUCCCGACUUUUUUGCUGGAGGUUAUUUACAGGCCUUGGAUCAAGCAAAAAGAAAUUUUCAGUUUUUAGUUGUCAUAUUACAAUCUGAUGAACAUUACGAUACAGAAAAAUUUAACAGUGAAACUCUUACUUCUCCACUAUUGAUAGAUUUUUUCAGAGAGAAUAAUUUCAUCGUAUGGGGAGGGAAUGUCCGCGAAUCGGAGGCAUAUCAAGUGAGUCAUAAACUUCGAGCAACUACAUAUCCAUUUGUUGCAACCAUAGUUUAUCAGCAGAUUCCUGGAACUGGAAGAAUGGAUAUGGUCCUCUCUGAUAAGCUUGAGGGUCUCUCGACAGCCGAAAAUCUUCUGGUCAACCUCACCAAUUCCCUCCAACGCCACACACCUCUUCUCGCCCGCCUCCGUGCUGAACGCGAAUCACACGAAGCUACGCGAGCUCUUCGAGAAGCACAAGACAAUGCAUACUAUGCAUCCCUUCGUGCGGAUCAAGAAAAAGAUCGUCGCGCCCGUAAGGCGGAAGAGGCAAAAAGAAUAGCAGAAGAGAAAAAACUAAAAGAAACGGAACGGAAAGAAAGAGAGUAUAAGGAGAAGAAAGAGAAGAGAGAACAAUGGAGACGAUGGGCGGUCGAAAGUCUUCCGGAAGAACCAGGAGACGGAGAGAAAGCGGUUGCAAGAUUGAGUUUUAAAUUCCCGGACGGAAAGAGAGUUGUUAGACGGUUUCGGAAUUCGGAAAGUCUUGAGACAAUAUACACAUUUGUCGACACGUACGGCCUUCAACGCUUUUCCUCACCAUCUAAACCUCCAGACAAUUACACACAUAAAUACAAAUUUGUACUCGUAUCACCAUUCCCUCGGACUGUUUACCCUAUGGAUAAGACAAAGAUCAUAGGAGAUGAUAAAGUAUUGUGUCCCAGUUGUAAUUUGAUUAUUGAGGAAGUUGAGAGCGACGACGAAGGUGAUGAAUUGUGGUAG